CUAAAUUGAUCAUUUUGUGGCCAGUAGCCACUGUUUUGAAAUAUUAUGAAGUUUAUUCUAAGGGCUUAUUUAGAGAAUCAUUCUGAUUUUUAAUUCCUAUUAAACACUCCAGUAAGUUGGAAGUACAAGUAUUUUUUAUGAGAUUACUUUCAUAGUUAACAUGAAUUUAUGUGAAUAAGAGAAGCUACUUAUUUGAACCACCUGCUGUCACGUUAAAGAGUAGAGAUAAUGCUAAGGGUGAGACCUUAGAUAGAUUUUUUUUUUCUCCCUUUGGCUAAAUUUUUGUAGCUCCUUGAAAUAAAUAGAAAUUUUAGAGAAGAGCUAUUCAUACUAUAAUCAUAACCAUUUCAGGAUAUUGUAGGUUAUCUAAAAUCUAUCUACUUGAAUGAAAUUGACAUUUAUUAUGCCACAUACUUAUUCAUCCUUUAAAAUAUGUUACAUUGUUAAAAAUUUUCAAAAAUCUAUGGUCAUCCAAAAUUUUGUUUUCCACAGUCCCAAAAUACAAAACAUCUCAUUAAAUACUUUGAAAACAGUUUUUAUUAAAAGCCCCAAAUAUUAAAGUUUUACAUAUUGUGUUUAAAGGAAAGCACUUAAUGGGCUUAAGAAUUGAUGUUGCUAUUUAAUGGUAUGUUUCAAAGGUAUAUAAUUUUCUAAUAAGAUAUAUAGAAUUGUAGAAAUUAUAAUAAUCACACUAAUAAUAAUAGAUUUGGCUGCCAUAUUUUCCCAUUUGCUUUAUUUCCUAAAUGUUUUGUUAGAAGAGGAUUGCAUGAAGAGAAAAUAACAGUUGAAGCCACACAAAGUGAUGAGUACUCAUAGUGCACCCACCUUCCUUCACUCCUUUCCCCCCACCUUUUUAUUGAAGACUAGAUAUUUUCUAAAGCUACUGAGCGUUUACAUUUGCUUACCAAAAAAAACCCAAAAACUUCUUGAGAGAGAGCAAGGCAGGUUGUUUCCUAUAUCCAAAAAUAAAUUGCUGAUCCUGGAAUCAGCCAUGUGUAGAAAUGACCUAAUAGACAUACUGUGCUUAAUUUUCGGAUGACAAAAACACAGAUGUGAAUAAAACUGAGUUGUUGUCAGUUGAUUAAUUGAUAGUUUUCCCAGCUCCCCUUUUCAUGCUACCUUUUUCUAGAGUAGUCUCUAGAAAUAUUCCCUACAGCAUCAUGCAGUUGGACAGAUACUAUUGUGUUUCUUGUAUUAGCACAUACUAGUUCAACUAGUUGUCACAAUGUUAUUAAUGUUAUAGUAAGAAUUAUAUUUUCACUUUUCAUUAUUUAUGCUUUAAUUUUUCUAAAUUUUAUUUGUUUCAAAACUAUUUUCUGGAUAACAGGAGACCUAGAAUUAGGUAAAGAUAGGUUUUAGAAGUACAGGAAAUCUUGACUAAUUAUAGCCUUUGGUCACAGUUCAAAGCACAGUUACACUACAAUCAGGACUAAAUGUUCUUUAUACUAUUUGUUUUGAUUUAUUUUCAGAGUUUCUGUAUAUUCCAGUUGGUAGAAUUUUCUAUUUUAGCUGUGUAUCAGUCACAAAGAAGUUAUCACUGUUUGGAUUUACUGUGACUUUUAUAACUAUUGAAUAGCAAUCCAUCUUUCUUCAGGUGCUUCUGUAAUUUCAUAUCUGAGUAAGUGAAUGGCACCUCCUGGGGAAAUCCCAAAACCUAAUCCUGCUUAAUUCCUUUCCUACGUUGUCAUUACAACUCUCACCGUUUGUCCAAAGGGAAUAAAGAGUUCUUUUUAUUUUUCCUCUAAACAAAGUCAAAUGUUCUGUUCAAAGUGCUAAUUAACCAGAGACCCUAUAAUUCCAAAACUAUAUAGAUUGAGAUUAUAGCCUCCCGUUUUUUAAUCAUUUACUUUUUUUAAUCAGUUACUUGUCAGUCUGUGUUUAAUUUCCCUCCUUCCCUUGCCUUCAAGCUUUUUGUCCUGUUUCUUAACUAUUUUCAGGGCUAUCCCUUAGCUCAUCUUCUCUUGCUCCAUAAAUAAACCAUCCAGUGUAGCAGAAUACAUUCUAUAGAGUGAAUUAGUAAACUGGGGAAAGAAAAUAAGAAUUUUAAUAAUAGCCAGUCUUCCCAAUAUGUUCUUAAAUAGCCUUGCAUAACAUACCUAAGACAUUCAAGAUGUGAACUAAUUUCAUCAUUGAUGAAUGCAAACAUGAGCAAAAUUACUGAAAAAUAUCUUUAUUCCAAACUUACAUAUGCAUGUCUUCUACUGUUUGAAAUUAUAAUUAGGUCAUCUUUCUUUCAUGAGAAAAAAUAAUGUAUAAACCUAACUAUGAUUGUUAAAAGCUUUUAAGAGUAGCUUAAAACAGGUGAUAACCAAGCUUUUAGAGUAAAAUGACUCAAAAGGUGAUGACCUUGUAGUCUUCCUUGAAGUUCCUUUACAAGUAAAGAUUUUGUGAGAUGUACAAGAGGAACGCAUCACUCAAGAAAAUAACUCCAGAGUAUAUUAACAUUGUAGUUCAGGUAAUAAUGGGCUGUUCGUAACUAGGUACUGUGUAUAACUAAUAGUACAUUAUUGAAGAAUAUUAGAAUGUAUUAGUCAAAUGUAUUACCCUAUGGUGUGACUAAUUGUUCACAAACUAGUUUGUGUAGAACAAUUUACAGACCUUAAUUUAUAAGAAGCAAAAUCUCACAAAUAACUAGAUUAUUGUACAAUUUACAGUGUUUAGUUGAAGGGUCUUUACUUUUUGUGAACUCUGUGUUUGUAAUUUUAAAUUGCUCUGUAUUUUAUGCUAGUUAAUUCAUGGGAGCCUCUUCUACUGCCACACAAUCUCAGUUCCUGCUGUAUACUCUAACAAACAGUGGAAGAGACUGUUGGGUCAGUAGGUGACAACUGCAGAGGUAUCUUCCUUAUAACGAUGCUUUUUGAGGUUGCUGCUCCCGUCAGUCUGCUCAGUAAAAAUAGCUCAUCUUGUAAUGGAGGGGAAAGUUCCAGUCGCAGCGCUGAGAAGCGAUCAGCUGAAGAAGAAGCUGCAGACCUCCCAACAAAGCCUACAAAGAUCUCCAAGUUUGGAUUUGCCAUAGGUAGUCAGACGACAAAGAAAGCCUCAGCCAUAUCCAUCAAACUUGGAUCAAGUAAACCUAAAGAAACUGUUCCAACUCUUGCUCCAAAAACCCUUUCAGUAGCAGCAGCUUUUAAUGAAGAUGAAGAUAGCGAACCAGAGGAAAUGCCUCCAGAAGCAAAGAUGAGGAUGAAGAAUAUUGGAAGGGAUACACCAACAUCAGCAGGACCAAACUCCUUUAAUAAAGGAAAGCAUGGGUUUUCUGAUAACCAGAAGCUAUGGGAGCGAAAUAUAAAAUCUCAUCUUGGAAAUGUCCAUGACCAAGACAAUUAAAUGAUAUGUUUUGAAAUUGGGGUGUGGGGUGGGUGUAAAGUAAAAGGAACAGUUUCCUUUUUAAAGAAUGGUAUAAGACUAUCUUUGGAGCCGCCUUUUUUUUUUUUUUAAGAUUGAGUGGUACACUAAUAAAUGAGAGUUUGAAAUUAGACGUAAUUUAUGUUUUAUAUGCAGAUUUCAAGACAUUUGCUAAUUUUGUAGUUUCAUGUGAUUAGUUUCCAAAGGUUACAGAUAAUUUAAAAAAAAAUCAGAAAUGGUACCUUUCUAAGAAUUGCAUAUUUUUUUAGACUCAACUAUUAGCACAUUAAGAGGGAAGCAAAAAGUUAUUGUCUGUUUAAACUGCAAGCAAUUACUCUCUAACUUAACUCCCUAAACCUAAACUUUCUGGCUCCCAGGAACAGCCUUAUAGAGAAGGGAGUAUUGUAUUGGGAGGAAAAUGUUACUGGAGUAUUGACUGAAAGUAAAUUAGAUAAAAUUAAAAUAUUGCUUUUUUUCCUAAUGGGCAUUUAUUUUGUUUCAAGUCAUAAACUCGAUAUUGCAUUGCUAUCAGUGGAUACAGAGGCUUAGCUCUUUAAAAAAAAAUUUUUUUAAUUUUAUGUAAACUAUUGAGUAUUUGAUAUAGCCCACUUCACCUUAAUGGGUCUUGUCUACCUUCAUUAGUCUUCAAAAAACAACCGUUUGCUACCAAAGUAAAUCAGUAUUUUGAAUGUGCUUCUCUUGGUUUUUGUCAUUAGCUUAGUUUCUGUAAAGCAUUUCCAACAGACUUGAGGCAAGUCAUAGGAAGCUGUUUCUUUUAAAAUACAAACCACCACCAAAAAAUUUUAAAUGUACAUAAUACGUAAAUAUUUGGCUGUUUUUAUUUUUUAAAAGGGUAACAAACAGCAAAAAAGCAACAUUGUGUGAAGAUGGAAAAUGAGAAAGAUGCACUUUCUGUAACUUUGUCAUAACAUUUAAGUUACUAACUUGGGAAAUCCAAUUUGAUUUUUACUUAACUACAGGAAUUCUUAUUUAAUACAAUAAAAUGGUUUGUUUGUUUUAAGUGUAUACAUAUUUACCAGUGGCCUCUCAAAAGCACAUUUUAGAUAUUGAAAAUAGAAGGAAAGAAAAUGCAUCUUUAAACAUUUUAUGGACUCUCUGACCACAUAUACUUCAUUAGAGCUUAUGUGUUGUAGGGUUGUUUUUGUUCUGGGGUUUUUGUUUUGUUUUAUUUUUUGUAUUUUUGUAUUGUAUAUGAAUUCUUUUUUAAUGUGACAGUUAAACACAUCUUUAAAGGCAUAGUCAUACGUAAAAGAAAAAUGCAGUAUAAUGAUUUCCUUGAAAACUUCUACAAUGUUAAAUUUGCAGGCAGCUUCAGACUGUCUUAUUGGUGGUAACUACUCGCUCAGCUCUUUUAAAAGAUAACUCCAGAGAAGCAGCCUGUAUAUAUUCCUAACACUUUGUUCACUUUUAUUUGUUAGAGUAAGUCCCAAGUAAAACAAUGGAAAUGUAUAUAGAACUAUUAGUUCUUUCUUACUUGAUUUAAUGAUAUCAAGAUACAUGAAUUUAACUUGCUUUAACGUAGGCAGACUUUUCAUUUUUGUGUAUUUUACUGUUAAAAUAACAUCCCUCUCCUGCAUAUUCUUUUCUUGACUCAAAUGAAAUAUUAACCUAUUGGGAGGGAGAAACGACUGAGAUGAAUGUCUUUACUAAAAUACCAAUAAAUUUGUCGAAUUCAA